AUGGAUCAACAGGCAUUAAAGCAAAUUUUAAGUUCAUAAAAUACAUAUGGUGGUAUCAAGAAGUAUGUUGAGGCUGUUUAACAAUAAAAAUAGUACAAUAAUUGAUUUAUAAUCAGGGAUAUCAUCUAAAUGUGUUCCACAGUUGUCAUUAGUAUUUUGUAAGAUUAAUAAGGAUCUCAUAUUUCAAAAUUUUAUAGUUUGAAAGUACAAUCGUUUUUUAAUUUAGUUUAUUAAUGAACUAUUAGAAUUGUAAGAAUAUGAUUGGAUUGAUUUAACUUAGAAAAGGAUCUUACCAAUUUUGGAGGAAUAUGCAGUAUUUAAAAAGGAGAGUUAAGAUGAUGAAAGGGGUAAGCAUUUAUUUAUCUAAAAUACAUCAUAAAAAAAAAAGUAUGAAUAAGUUAAAGAAUUGGAAUAUGCUGGAAGCAUAUUUUUUAGAUAUUUGCUUGAAAGCAUUUGGGUUUGGAGUAAAUGGUUUCCACUUGAUACAGUGGCAGGAAAGUUAAGUUUAUUUAAAAUUGCUUAAGAGAGACUUUCUUUAUAAAAGGUUAAAUUUCCUCUUAUAUCAUAUUUUCACAAAGAUUAAGUUAUAAAUCUUAUGCAAAUUCAAAGAGUAUUAAAUUUAUUAUAUUUUAGCCUCCAAAAGAGAUGCUAGAUGAAUGUAGAAAUCUUAUUAAGGAACAUUUGGAAGAUAAUUCAAAUACAGAUCUUUAGCAUUUUUAGAAUGUUUUAAAUAAGAUUUAUUUUACUGACAAAUAGCAUUAAUUACAAAAUAUUAAGACUUAUCCAUAAUUAUGGAAGGAUAGUGUAGAAAUGAUGAGAUAAGGAAAAAUGGGAUAAGAAGUUUAAAUUAAAUUGAGAACAGCUUAAUUAUCAAUUAUGCAAAAGAAAUUCUUUUAAGCUUCUUUGAAUUCAAAAAAAAGUAAAGUCGCUUUGCAAUAAUAAGCGAUCAAUUUUUCAACAGUUUUAAAUGAAAAAGAAAGAUUAUUGACAGAAAUGAAUAAUCACAUAUUUGAAAAGGAUCUAUUAAAAAAUUAAAUAUCUUAAUUACAAAAAUAAAAUGAAGAAAUUUUAAAAGAUAAUGAAGAUUUAAGAUAAUAACUUAAUCAAUUAAAACUUAAAUUUGAUAUAACAGAAGUUAAAUAAGAAGUCCCAAUACUAUCUAAUACAUUUAAUGAAUAAUUUUAAAGAUCAAAAGAUUUGGAACGUCAAUUAUAAAAAAAGGAUAUAGAAAUUAAAAGACUGACUGAAUAAGUUUAACACUAUAAAGAUGUUAUUAAUUAAAUGAAUGGAAAUUUUGAUCAUUUAUAAAAGUUAUAAGAAUAAACAGAGAUGGAAAGAUUCUAAUUAUAUUAAGAAAAUAUGAAAUCAAAUUUGAAGUAAGAAGAACUUUAAAAUCAAAUAGGAUUAUUAAAAUAAUCAAAUAGUAGAUUCAAUGAGAUUAUUAAACAAUUAUAAUCUUAAAACAAUCAAUAAUAUGAAGAAUAUUUACAAAGUUUAGAAAAGAAUUCAAUCUAUAUUUAAAAAUUAAUCUAAGAAUAAACUGAAAGUCCAAAUUUAAAAUUACAAUAAAAUGAAAAAAUUAUAGAAUUAGAGCAUUAAAUUUAAAGAUAAUAACAAGAAAUUGAUAACCUAAAGCAAUAAUUAGAUGAAAAUUAAAGAUUUGGAAUACAAGCCAAUAAUUCAACUAAAUAAUGUAAGAUAUUUUAUAACAUUAGAAUAUUUUAGUCAUAAAAAUGAAAGAGGUUUUAAUAGUAAUACAACUCUGUAUAAGUAAAAUUAUUAACAUUCAGAAGAUGUAGAAUAAUAAUCACAAUACUAAUAAUAAUCACAAUAAUUAUAAUAAUCACAAUAAUAAUAAUAAUAAUAAUAAUAAUAAUAAUAAUAAUAAUAAUAA